CAAUGGUCCAUAUUUGUUAAAGAAGAGAAAAGACAAUAAAAAAAAUUUCCAAAGUUUAGAAAAGCCCAAAAGGCAUACAUACACAGCAGAGAAGAUUAGCAGAGCACUUAAAGUGCCAAGAAAAUGUGGCCACUUUGCAUCGUUGCAUUGAUUGAUUCAGAGGGAAACAGGGGAAGUCGGAGUUGGAUUCGCUCCAAAAGCACUCUCUCUCUCUCUCCCUCUCUUAGCUUUUGAAUUGGAACCAAGAAUUCACGAGACAUCCCUGAAAUGUCUGCUUUGAAUUCAUCUUUCUCCGCCAAGCAACCCAACUUUUAGUUAGCAUCAGAUUAUUAGCUAAAGACACUGCAUUUUUCAUCUUCUUCUGUUUUCCCCUUUUCUGGGUUGUUGUCGCCAUGAAGCCUCCUCAUACCCACCCUUAUCUCCUUCAAUCCUUCAAGUUUUUCAUGGGAUUUGCGGCCUGCAACAGUAGAGGUUUCUGACAUGGAGCCCAGGGUUUGAUGCUUCUUCUUCUUCUUCUUCUGCUGCAGCUUCAAUCGGUGUUCUUGAUGACAACCUCGGUGUCUUUCGUGGGAACAUAUGUUUCUGAAUCAGUUCAUGCAUUUCUUGAAAUCAAUUCACACUUUCAGAAGGAAAUCCCCCCCUUCUGACUGUGGGUUUUGACACUGCUGCAAAAAAAAAACAAUAAAAAUCUGAUCUUUUUUUUGUUUUUGGUUUGUGUUUUAUUGUGUUUUGGUUAUAAAGAAAGAAAGAUUGCUAGUUCUUCAUAUAUAAUGGGUGGCUAUUGCUUCAAUCCAUUUCGGGUUCGAUUGUGGAAGAGCAAAGGAUUAGCAAUCCCAGCAGCUUCAUCGGGAAGAAGCCAUCAUCAUCAUCAUAAUCAGCAGAUGAGUUCUUCUGCAGCAGACAUGGAGACUAUGGAUAAGAGGAGGUUUGACAGCCUGGAAUCAUGGUCAAUGAUCCUGGAAUCGGAUAAUGUGGAAACGUGGGAGGCGUCGAAGGAGGACCAGGAGGAAUGGACGGCUGAUCUGUCUCAGCUCUUCAUAGGGAACAAGUUUGCCUCUGGUGCCCACAGCAGGAUUUACAGAGGGAUUUACAAGCAGAGAGCUGUGGCUGUGAAAAUGGUGAGAAUUCCCACUCACAGGGAGGAGACUCGAGCCCGCCUCGAACAGCAGUUCAAGUCCGAAGUCGCCCUCCUCUCCCGCCUCUACCAUCCCAACAUUGUCCAGUUCAUCGCGGCAUGCAAGAAGCCACCGGUGUACUGCAUAAUCACAGAGUACAUGUCACAAGGGACACUGAGGAUGUACCUGAACAAGAAAGAGCCAUACUCUCUGUCGACCGAGACGAUUCUGAGGCUGGCGCUGGACAUAUCGCGGGGGAUGGAGUACCUGCACUCGCAGGGCGUGAUUCACAGGGAUCUCAAGUCGAGCAACCUGUUGCUGAACGACGAGAUGCGCGUUAAGGUGGCGGAUUUCGGGACCUCGUGCCUCGAGACGCAGUGCCACGAGGCCAAAGGGAACAUGGGGACUUAUAGGUGGAUGGCACCCGAGAUGAUUAAGGAGAAGUCUUAUACUCGGAAAGUUGAUGUCUACAGUUUCGGCAUUGUGCUGUGGGAGCUCACCACUUCUUUGCUCCCUUUCCAGGGCAUGACUCCUGUCCAGGCUGCCUUUGCGGUUGCUGAAAAGAACGAGCGGCCGCCUUUGCCUGCAAGUUGCCAGCCAGCGUUAGCGCACCUUAUAAAGCGCUGCUGGGCAGCCAACCCGUCGAAGCGGCCCGAUUUCACGGACAUAGUCUCGGCGCUGGAGAAGUACGACGAGUGUGUGAAGGAAGGGCUCCCGCUCACCCUCCACUCGGGGCUAGUCAGCAGAAACGCCAUCGUUGAACGCUUGAAAGGCUGCAUUUCCACCAGUUCAUCCAUACCUGUACAUGUCUGACUCUUCUAUUAACAAUAAUAUUAUUAAUUACCAUUAUAAGCUGUAUAUACCAUACACUCCAUGCUAGCUCUCUUUUUUUUUUUUUUUUUUUUUUUUUUUUUUUUCUUUCUUACAUAACUCAUAAUGUUAAGUCUCAGAUAAACUAUGAAUGGCUUUCUGGUGGCAUCUUCAUACAAUAGAUACAUGCAGUUUCAUAUAUAUGUGUGUGUGUGUGUAUAUAUGUGCUGCAACCACCAGACCAUUCCUAGGAAUUAUAUAUGCACUAAUGUCAUGAUUGUAAGCUAUUCAUUGUACAUUUUGUUUAGUUAA